CAAUUAUAGCAAGAAAGGUCAUAAAAUGGGACAAAGCUCACUUAACAAAUGUCUCACUUAGCAACAGAAAUUUUGGGUCACUUGUGGUCAUAAGUUGAGGACUACCUGUAGUUAGAGUUCACAAAACUAAGUGAAUGAGUUCUAUGAACCAAUUGCAUCCUAUUAACUUCAAGAUGAGUCACCAGUGGCAUGUUUGCUUUUUUGCCUGAGUGACUUAAAUCAAUAGUGUAACUUUUCUAAAGAUAUAAUCAAGUCACUGAAGAAACCUAGGAGCAUCUUUUCACAAUUAGUACUUUUUUUUUCUAAACGCAUUUCUGUGAACUUUGUGCACAAUAAUUAAUGAACUCAAAGUUGACAUCAUGACUCAAAACAAGCCUAAUGCCAAAUCAACUUCCCACGACACUCUAUAUAGCGAACCUCAAAAGGAAUGUUUUAGAAAACUGGGACUCCACCAUUGAGUAGGAGGUUGCUGGACUCACAUCAUCACAUCUCAGGUGUCCACAAACACAAUCACUUCUAAUACGUUACACUUAUUUGCACUGUACAGUACUCUGUCUCUCAGGUAACCUGUAUAUCAACCUUUCUCCCCCCCACUUUCACCCCAGUUUAAAUCCUACAACAGCCUAGUCACUGAGCUGCAUCUGAUAGGAGGCUGCAGCUCACAAAAGCUCGUCUUUUAAUAAAAUGUGGUAGUCUGAAAAGGUGGCACAAGAUUUCUUCUGAUUUUCUGCCACCAGACAUCGCUCUCCUUCUGGGAGAAAUCACUGAUGGCUGAGAUGCGGUGAUGCUUGCAAUGAAUCAUCAAAGCUCAUCAGACUUGAUUAAAAUCACCCGAUCGGGAUGAUCGCAUAAGCCCUUCAAGCUUCCGACGUGCGACAGCCCAUUGACCCAGCUAAAGGCUGCACUGGCCACCAUCUGCCCGGUUUAAAACUUGGCCCUUUCAGGCGAGUUUGAGCAACUUAACGCCACGGAUAGAAAAAGAAGCCUCCCCUGGAAGAAAGAGCCUGGCUGGCAAUAUUGCUCCGACGGAAAGAUGAGGUGAGCGCUGCACGCUCCUCCUCCGAGGUCGGAGAAGCGCGAGUGCCCAGCAGGACGACGAGACCGAGGAAACGGCUGGCUUGGCCGUCUACCGAAGGACCAAGACUGCUGCGACCUCCCUCGCCCUGAACGAAGGCCGCCAGCGUUCCAACUCUCGUCAUUUGAACGACGCCGCCAGCAGUGCCGGCGGUGGCGAGCCUUGCGAGCUGGCGCUCAUGCGCAUUGCCGGCGAUGCUUUCGCGCUGUCCUCUCCUGCUCCGCUGGCGCUCCUCCUCUCGCGGUGGCGCAGCGGCGGCUAUUACUAGUCGUGCUCUCUCUCCCUCUCGCGCUCUCUCUCUCGUAUCAAAAUCCCUGAGUCGGAGAAACUGCCUGCUCUGGGGCUGCUUCUCUCUCGCCUUCACCCCGCGCCUGAGGGCGAAAGAGAGAGACGGAUGCCCUGGGCUCCGCGCUGCCCACUCCCCCGCCUUCUCGGUCUAAUUUGCCAAAGGAGAUUGCGGAGGGCUCCCGGCUCCCCAGGCUGGCUCCGGUCGGACUCGGCGCUUCUCGCCGCAGGAGUCGCAGCCGUAGCGCGGUAGUGCCGGCUGCCGCCUCUGGAGGCGCGGCUACACACGCGGGAAAGGCGGUGAGAGCAUCUUUGGCCACGGACGGUCCGUGGAGUCCGGCGGAGGUGCCGGGGUUUCUGGUUAUGCAUUGCUUCCUCACUGAAGCUGCAUGACAAUUCUGUAAGAUAUUGACUAUCAAGCGAUGAUCAGCUGAAAAACUUAGGAUAAGAAAAAUCUGAGAUUUCAUGUUCCCUUCAAAUCCAUGUUUCCAAAGACUGCUGCAGCAAAUUCCAAACCUAUUUGGAGCAGUAACAAGGAUGAACAGCAUUGACCCUCCUCACAUGAGCCAAGCAAUGUCCUCUCAAGUAUUGGAGAGUAUCUCCCCCACAAGAAAUCCCACCCACCCACCUUUACAAAUUACAUUGUGAUCUUAAAAAUAAUUGUCACAGUUCCCUGAGGGCAGGGUCAGAAUUCCAUGUCUACCUACAUCUACUCAAUUCAAAAUACCAACGUAACACCAUUAUAGAGAUCAGGGGAACUUAAGAGAAGCUCUCUCAGGUAAAAUGGCCAAGUGUUAUUGCAAGUAAUCACUUCAAACAUUCCUGUCUUCACAUCCUUUUUACGUCAUGGGACCUGAUGGCAGUUUCCUAAGUACUGGAGUGCUUCAUAUCAUUGUAUGGGGUAGCUUGGGAGCCAUGGCAAUGCUUCUGGUAUUUAGUUUUCUCCUCUUUCUCUGCACUGGCUGUGACAGGGAGAAGAGUCCUGAGCAGCAAAAUGGGGACCAUGAAAAUCUGAUGAAUGUGCCUUCAGAUAAAGAAGCAUUUAGUCAUUCUGUCACAAGUCUGGCUACAGAUCCAAUUGCAAGCAGUGAACAAAAUGGUGGAAUUAGUAAUGGAGAUGUUUUAUCAGAAGAUAGUACAGCUGCUUCUCUCCAACCUUAUGAAGAAGUGCAAACCUCUGUUACAGAUCUUUUGGAUCAACAGGACACAUUGGGUAGAUCUUUAAAAUGUCAUCAAAGUAGAGAGCUACCUAGAAUUCCUCCAAAUAAUGCCAUGGAAACAAUUCUCACCACAAGAAAUGUAGAAAAUGACCAGAGUUUUGGAAUGGAGGGGCCUUAUGAAGUGCUGAAAGAUAGUUCCUCCCAAGAGAACAUAGUAGAAGACUGCUUGUAUGAAACAGUGAAGGAAAUUAAGGACCUGGGAGCAGCAGGCAACUCAGAGAAAUGCAAACCAAAGACUACUGUAAUGGUUAAUGGAAUUUUAGAUCAUGUUCUUGAAAAGAAGACAGAAUCAGCGGAAUAUGCAUCCGUUGACAGAAAUAAAAAAAGUUGCCACAGUGUUAAUUCAGAGAGUCCUCUUAGCAGUACUACUCCAGAUGUGGAAGAAGAAGCUCCACCUCCUGUACCAAUAAAACUUCUUGAUGAAAAUGAGAAUGUACAGGAUAAAGGAGCCAAAGAAGAGGAGGAAGUAAUGGAAAGGCUUAAUGAACCCGACAAGAGAUUUAGUUCAUUGAUUUAUAAAUCUCGAGAAGAUGACCCAUCUCUUACAGAAGAUGAGAUUUCAGCAAUGUAUUCUUCUAUAAAUAAAACAGGACAAUCCUCUAGAGACUUGGAAUCUACAUAUACCUGUAUUCCUGAACUUGUACCUCAGAAGUCUCCAUCUAUUUGCAGUGGCCUCUAUGCCAGUGUGAAGGACUUGGAAACCAAUCCAAACCUUACUGAUUUGCCUCAGUCAACAAUACUUCUGAAUGGGGACUUGGAACCAGACUAUGAAGCCAUUCAGACUCUAAGUCGAGAGGAGGAAAGAAAUAUUUUGAUGUCUAGCACCAUUCAAUCCAUCCUCCCUCAAGAAAAUGACUGUGAGAGUAUUGGUGAUUUGCAGCAAAAUAAAGAUGUCACCAGGCUUUAACUGAUUCAAAUGCAAGACUUUGGAAUAUGCUGUUCAGUGGAUCUUUCAAGAUGGGUUUACUCCAUGACUUAUCACUUGAAAACUUAACACACAGUUGGAAAUGUAAAAUGGCCAAAAAGUAUUUUGCUUGAAAUGAUAUCAGGUAACAUGAAAGCUUAGCCUGGGAUGUUUGAUCAAUGAUUCCUGCUUCAUAUCCAUCAAACUAUCAUACAGAUAUGAACUUACCCUAACAAGCAGGAAACAGGCAAGUGCUCCUUUUGAAGAACCAAGAUCACAUGGAUGAAAACACACAUACACAAAGAACAGAAUUGCUGCUGUUUUAUCAAUGUGUACAAUGAUUUUUCAACUCCCAUAGGUGAUGUUAUCACAACAAAUACAGUAGAUAAAAUCGGAAUCAAAGAUGAGGGCCCUGGAAAGGCUUCUAUAGAAGAGACAUGUUGAACCAAGAGUGAUAUGUCUGGAGCACAUGAUCAGACACAUACUCAUAUGCUAAUAUAUAAAAAGUGGUACUGUUAAAUAAGGGCCUUUUUAAAAGAUCUUUACUUUCAGUUACUUCGACCAUUUUAUUAAAAUAUAUUCCCAAAUUACAAAUUCAUUUAGGUUGUUUUUAAACAUAGGCACAGCUUGCCAUAAAGAAUAGAUACAUUUAGAAGGCUAGUUUGCCUUAAUAUGUUGUUUGUCAACCAUGGCAACUUUAAGUUGUGCGGAUUCCAACUCCCAGAAUUUCCCAGUCAGCAAUAGGAAAUUCUGGGAGUUGACGUCCACACAGUUUAGAGUUGUUAAGGUUGAGAAACGCUUCCCUAAUAUAUUUAAUGCAGCCAUGAGAUGUUGUGACUGAAUAUGCUGGCCUAUUCUCAGGUUCACGCUUCAGUUUCAAUCUUGCUCUAAAAAGCAACACAAGAGCAGUGAGUGAAAAACUGGCAUUUGUGGGAAUUAGGAAAGACAGUCCCUUUCUGAGGAACUACAGCAGAUGUGGUUGAAGAAAGCAUGCACAUCUUAUUUGCUUCAUGGCUGGUUUACAGACUGGCUAUAUAAUUCCUGACUAUUUUUAGUUUUUCAAUACCUAUUUUCUUCCAAAAUAUUAUUAUGCUAGGAAUGAUUUACAUUUAAAGCUUCAAUUUUUAUUACUGAUGAUAGAGUCGGGAUAUUUAAAAAUAUAUUUAAUACAUACACACUUUCUGCUUUUCAAACACUACCAAUCACUUUUAUUUUUAUCCUUAAAUGUAUUUUGAAACCUGCCCAAACAAACUGCAACAUUUUGCAGAGGUUAUAAUUCCCUCUGAAACAAAAAUGCAUCUUUAAGAAGUAUCUUUUUAUAUAAAAUUGUAAAUAAAAGGUAAGACAUGUUAUAGACUCGAGUUAUUUAAUGAAGUAUUCAGGAUACUUGAGUCUAAAACAGAUGUAAAGAUAAAAUUAUUUAAUUAAAGUGAAAAUUAAUACAAAUAAAGGAAAAUAAUGUUAUUCUUCGUAAUCUACAAUUUUAGAUAUUCCCAAACUCACUCUUGACAAUAUUCAUGUUCACUUGUUCAAUCUGGAUUUGCAGCCAACUCAAGUUAGCUACUGCCACUGAAUUGUUUCUUUUAUAGCUAGGCAAGAUUUCAGAAAGUUUUGAACCAGCAACCAUAGAAACAGAAAACAACAGACCUUUCUUGCAGAGAUUGUAAAUUCCACAGUAUUACCAAAAAAGUGAUACUGUGUUUGGUUUUUAUAAAGAUUAGUGCCAAUACUUAGCAUGUGACUUUCUUCCAAUCCAUUUUACCAAAAUAGCAUGUGUAAAAUUGUACCUUGCUUUCCUGUCUUUAUAUCUCCACUCCCUUUCUGCUACUCAGGUUUAUUUAGUUGAUUUGCAUAAAAAUAUAUUGCAGCAUUGAAAGAUAAAUAUGUUUAUUACAACUUAAGAUUUUGAAUUAGAUUGUCACUUUAUUCAAUCUUUGUUAGGCACCACAAAAUGUUUAAUCUGUUGCUUAAAAGCAAUAAAUAUGGCUGACUCUAGAAACUGAUCCACACAAUUUCGAAAGGAUGUGACAUUUAAAAAUUUCCAAUAGAUACUGUAGAAUUAAAUAUCACUUUAUGUAAUCAGAGAUAUAUCCUGUAAGGAGCUUUAUUGGGAAUAAUGCAGCUUUUUGAAUGAAAAAAAAUGCAUAUUAAUUUACUGAAUGUUGUAUCAGACAGAAUCAAAUCAAAUCAAAUACCACUAUUUAACAUAAAAUUGAUAUGUAAGCCUACAAUAUUAAAGUAGUUGUAUGAAUAUUAAUUCCCAUCUUUUGCACUGGUGAAAAUACUGAUCAUAAGUGGGCUGAGAGAGAAAGAGGUUUAAAAGGAAGAGACGACUGCUCAUAUAUUUAGCAUUUAGAAAAGUUAUUUUCCAAAGCUAUUCAUGGGAGUUCUGCAUAUAAUAAAUAUCCUAAGAUAUUGGCUUACAUUUCAAUAUGCUAUUUCACAUGAACAUUUCAUCCCUGCUGAAUUAAAAAAAAUGAUUCGGCGGGCUACAUUUGAAAUAACCACCUCCUACUAAGCUGUCAGGAAACUUGUAUAUUAAUAAAAAUGCAUAAUUCUGUGGAGAAACUUUGGAUCCCAUCAGCCUUCCUCCUGUGAGGAGUUUUCACCACAGCCAUCUGUAUGAGGAACAUCUUAUUUUAAAAUAUGUAGCAGAAAAUAUUUGUGAACUCAUCUUCCAGAAUAAAUAGUCUCCUAAGGUAUAAUAUGAUGAUAGGCACCUUGUUCCUUUCAGCAUAAAAGCCUGUGCCUUUACAAAUUUACCUUCCACAAAAAGUCUGGACCGCUUCUGACAAUAGAAAACUUGGUGCAUUUUCUUAAAACUGUACUAUGGUGCUGUACAAAAUUCUUUAAAAAUAUUUCAUUGUAUGUGUUUCUGAUAGCUUGUUUGUACUGCAUUUUGUUUUGUUUUUUAAAAGGGAGACUUUUGUCUACUAAAUUAUAUUGCAUAGUUUGGGAUGCUUAAUUUCAAGCAAUGCUUUAGGGCACUACAAGGAGCACCACAGGCAUACUUAGGAAGUAUUAAAAUGGGUGAGUUUUUCUAAAGCACAAUGAACUACCCACAAAAAGAGAAGAAAGGGGUAUUCCUGGUUGGACCUAAGAAGUAGUAGUAAGCAUCUAGUGGCAGUAAUAAGAAGCAAGGAAAGUUACCUGUAUUGCAGAUACAUAUUUGCUGGCCUUGUGUUAUAUAUGUGGUGUGUGUUUUACCUGGAUGUUUUGUUUUUUAUAUGUACGCGUUUUCUUAACAAAAGAAAAAUAUUUGAUUUGAUUUUUGUACUUCUGCCUUGUAUCUGGUUUCUGUCAAUCUAUUUCUGCAAAAGGAUAUUAAAGCCGAAAGGUAAUAGAUGUUA